CACAAACGUUUAUGUUAUAUUUUUCUUUCAUUUGUCAAAUGAUUGUUCUCUUUCAGGAUUAAUCCAGCCUUCUCAUUUCAGCAUGGAUCACCAGAGGUCCAACGACCCCCCUCGUCCGACUCAGCCCUCUAUGUCUGUGUCUGAGACUCAGCCCGGUGGUGAACGAGAGAGUGUGUACUCGGACGCAAACCCCAGACCCCAGAUUGAGCAUCCUUCUCUUCCUGAUCAGACGGAAUAUUACGCCAUGAAUCAUAGCCCUCGAGGACAGUGUGUGGUCAUCAACAACAAGAGUUUCUUAAAGGGUCUGAGAACAAGAGGAGGGUCUGAUAAGGAUGAAGAGGCUCUGUGUCAAGUGUUCUCCCAGCUCGGCUUUACCAUGGUGGUUCAUCGCGACCUGACUGCAGACGCCAUGCAGCGUGAAGUGACAAAGCUGAGCAAGAGGAGCUUUUUAGAGGAAGAUGCCUUGGUGAUUUGCGUGCUUUCUCACGGAGAAAAGGGCAGUGUGUACGGGUCUGAUGAGAAGGAGGUGUACAUCAGAGAUCUGACUUUGCCCUUCACGAGCGAGAAGGCUCCCACCUUAGCAGGGAAGCCCAAACUGUUUUUCAUCCAGGCGUGCCAGGGAAAGGGCUACCAGGGAGGAGCCGUGCCGUUACCCCGGCCGAGACACGAGGACGGAGACAGACAGAGCCAUCUGGAGGAAGAUGCUGGUCCUGUGCUUGAAGAGACAGUGCCCUCGGAUGCCGACUUCCUUCUGGGCAUGGCCACCGUGCAGGACUACAAGUCGUUUAGACACGUUUCCUUUGGAUCCGUCUACAUCCAGGAGCUUUGCAGGCAGCUUCAUAAAUCAGCAGAGAGCUCGCAGAUGGAUAAUAUUCUCUCUGUGCUGACACGUGUGAACAGGGAGGUCAGCAAAGGAGUUUAUUUAAACCACAAACAAAUGCAGCCCAAGUACACCCUCACCAAGCAGCUCGUCCUCAAAUACGUUUGACGUGCCACUGUGACCAAGUGCAACGCUACUUAGGUGGCACAUUGAGGAUUCACAAACCAGAAUUGUUUUCUGUGUGUAUGAGUAUGUGUGUUUAAUGUCUCUCUGCAGCCCCUUUCACACAUGAACUCCUGACGUUUUCUAGAUCAUUUCAGGACAUCUAAGUCCUGGAUGUUGCUAACACACUAACACAGCAGUUUGAUAUUACAAUAGAAUCACAAAUUAACUUUUAUCUGCAGAUAACAAGAAAAAUAAGUCGUGAUGUCAAGAAAACAACCAGCAAUUACACAUAUUCCAUCACAGUAAAUAAAAUGUGUGGAUGCAUGUUUGCUCAGGGCUUCAGUAUUUAACCUCCUUGACAUUUGCACGAGUGAUGUGCAUGUGU